AUGGCUACUCCCACACCCACAAGACUCGAAGACAUAAUACCCCUCUACCUCGCCGACAAAAUCCCCCUCGAUUCAGCCCUUGAAUCAGCCGCUCAUGCAAGCCCCCGAACUACUCUCUCGGCCGUCCUAAAAGAAAGCAGAUCCCUGCCGCGCCAAAUAGACACCGAUCCGACGACGCCAACGCCCGAUCUGCCGAGCCCGGCGCAAGAGAGAUUAUUGCAGUUUGUUCGAGAGGUGCAAGCGCAUGUUGAACCUGAGCGCGUGGGGUAUAAUGGGUUGAGGAGGGCACUGGAUGUCGGCUCGCUGUUGUUUGGGCUGGACGGGAACAGUGCCGGUGGAUACGAGGUUGAGCAGCGAGGGACACUCGUCGACACCGACACUGACGCAAAUACAAACGAUGAAGAUGUAUUCGCCUCAUCCUCAGAGCCAGCAUCAGGCUCAGGCUCAGGCUCAGGCUCAGGAUCCGGAUCCGGAUCAGGAGCAGAAUCCAACACAAACACCAAUCCCGCCUCGAGCCAGAGCCCAAGAAGAAGACGACGACGAAGCAGCGGCGCCCAGAAACACCUUUUCAACACCAUCUCCUUCCUCUCCUUCCUCACAAAAGAGAACCUACUGCUACAGCCCGGCGUCGGCGAGCGCGUUGCCGUAGAAAUGAUUGCCGAGACAUUGGAGCACCCGGAUAUCGCGCCGACGGGGCACGAGCUUUGGUUUGGUGGGACUUCAGGCAAGGAGCGCGGGGAUGAAGUACCCAUCACGGCGAUCUCGCUCUGGUUGAUUAUUAUGGGUGAGGAGAUAUAUGCGCGUGCGCGGGCACAGAGCAAAAUACAGCGAAGCCAAACCUCGUAUCGAAGCGCGAAAGGUAAGGAGAGGUCUAUGUCGCUGCUAGAUGACGACGAUGAGCCUCCGUACGGUGGGGGGAGUGUCGAUGGUGCAGAUGCAGGUCCAUGGACGCAGCUUGGCGCGAUAGCAAUCCAGGAGUGGGAGACCUGGACGACGAGGCUGCAGUUUCUUUCUCUAAGGCAGGAUCUGGAGAUAAAUGCUAGGGAGCAGGCGGCUGAGGCGGCGGCUGUUAUGAGGAGGGUUCACUGA